AUGACUUCCAAACCCCAAAUACCGUAUCUUCGUGACACCCCAACGUCAAAACAACUUGUCGUCAAUGGAAAGCCAUUCCUCAUUCUCGGCGGAGAGUUGCAGAACUCGUCAUUCAGUUCUGUCGAAUACAUGAACACGGUAUGGUCAAGUCUGGCUGCCAACAAUUACAACACAGUAUUGGGGAGUGUUGGCUGGGAGCAGAUUGAGUCCAUCGAAGGCACUUUUGACUUUGGCGUCUUGGAUGUACAGAUCGAAGCUGCUCGUCGCUGGGGAUUACGAAUCAUCCUGCUGUGGUUCGGGAGUUUCAAGAAUGGUAGUUUAUUAGCAAUGACUGGAAUCUUCCUAAUUGUUGCUGACCGUUGGAUCUUGGUUANNGGACUUUCGUCGUACACUCCGGCAUGGGUCAAGCAAGACGAUAAGCGGUUCCCUCGAACAAAGCUUAGAGACUCCACAGGCAAUCUCAUCACCGGUGACGUCUUGUCUGUCUUUGGCAAAGAGAGCAUAGCCGCAGAUGCAAGAGCUUUCACGCAACUCAUGCGACAUCUCAACAAGAUAGACGGCGACCACUCGACCGUAAUAAUGGUACAAGUAGAGAACGAAGUCGGUGUCCUCGGAGACUCGAGAGACUGCAGCCCAGCCGCCGAAAAGCAUUUCAAUGCUCCGAUGCCAGCAGACAUGAUUCAAUUCUUAAACAGCGACUGGUCAAAGAAGACACCUAAAUUUCAAGCCAAUUUCAAGGAUAUUGAGACCAAAACAUUCUCUCAAGACAUGUCUUGGGCAGAUCUUGGUGGUCCAAAAGAGAGCGUUGAUGAGCUUUUCAUGGCUUAUCACUACGCACACUAUCUUGAGCACAUCACCUCUGCUGGCAAGAAGGAAUACCCACUCCCAAUGUACACCAACGUAUGGCAAAACUACGCCGAUGAAGAUGCAGACAUCAAUGCGCCCACCAUCGCCGGCGGCGGCAACUCACCCGGCGAUUACCCCUCAGGAGGCGGUGUAACCGACGUCCUCGAUAUCUGGCAAACCUUUGCACCUUCUCUCGAUACAAUCGCCCCUGACAUCUAUCUCAAUAACUACACGGCCUCGUGUGCGAAGUACAGACACAACAACCAAGUCCUCCUCAUUCCAGAGCAACGGCGCGAUGAUUACGGUGCCCUGCGUGUUUGGGCAGCGUUUGGUUCAUACCAAUGCAUCGGCACAGCACCAUUUGGUGUCGACACGGUACACUACACAGACAGCCCUUUCACAGCAACUUAUGGCUUGUUGGCAAAAGUCUCUCGCCAUAUAUUGACCGCGCAAGCAAAAGGCAAUGCAAGCGUGGGCUUCUUCUUCGAUGACAUAUCCGCAGAUGGCAAAGAUAACUCGCAACCAAUCUCGGCCUCCCUCGAGUCAUGGAAACUCACCAUCGAACGUUCUUUUGUUUUCGGUAAGCCGUCAGCUGGCGCAGGAAUGGUGAUUUAUCUCGAAGACAAAGACCAGUUCCUUCUGAUAGGAUUUGGUUUCCAAGUCUCUUUCGAGUCAUCAAACCCGAAAGCACACUUCACAGGCAUUCUUAAGUUUGAAGAAUGUGAUAUUUCAGACUACGAAACAGGCGAGAUGCGGACAGUACGACUUCUCAAUGGCGAUGAGACGAGGAGUGGCAAGUCUUGUGUCAUGCCGAACGUGAACCCGGACUACGGCGGGUUCCCAAUCAGCAUCACCAUUCCUGGGAGAACAGGGAUUGCCAUAUGUCAACCUUAUGCUUUGUUGAACUAA